GAUGUUUCAGCUCUUGUUCGAAGACAUGCCAUUGUUCUGGUGGUGCCGAGGAUUGUAACUUUCUGACUGGUAAUUGUUCUUCAUCCACCUGUCAUCCAAGAUGGACCGGGGAUAAAUGCCAAACAGAUCGAUUUGAGACGAGCUUGGAAAAGACCAAUCCAGGAGUGGCGAUCUUCUCCUGUUCCUUCACAGCGUCACCAGAACAACAUCUUUCCUCUGAAUAUGUAAAGGCAGCUGUAGGAACGCUCUGGAUAACUCUCAAUAUGUCUGAUACUUUAGGAACAACCCUCAAUAAUUCUUUCAUUCACUUGUAUACGGGGACAGAAGAACCCAUUUACUGCUUCAUCGGGGUGCCUGAGAAUUUCUCAGAGUUUGCUUUCGUAAGGCUUCCUCCAAGAGUUUUCUUUGUUUUACCAAGUUUUAAUGGAGAACCAGAACUACUUGAAAGUGGAUACUUCCACGCAGCCUUCAGUUGGAGACAAUGGGACCCUAGGUCUGAUACCGGGGACGGACCUAUUGUUGGAUACAAGAUCUACGUGCGAUCAGGUAGAAAUGUCGUGUUGGCUAAAGAAGUACAACCUCCAAGCAUGGUGAACAAAACGGACCGUUCCGUAUCGAAGAGGUCUGCUGAGAAUGCUACUGAGAUGGUCAUGUAUAACGUCAGUGGACUUGAACCAGGAUCUACGUACUCUGUUCAGAUUGCAGCGAUACGAGAUGGUAUCAAAGGUGAAGGAGAACAAGGACCAGUAUUGACAAUUACAACAAGAAGUCUUCCUGUUCCAUCGACUACACCGAGUCCAUCAACCGUUUCGACUGCAGUAAUGACUGGACUAGGUGUUGGUGGUGUAAGUGGCGGUUCUAUAGCACCGGCAGCUGGGGGAGCCGUGGGCGCCAUUUUGAUCAUUUUGAUUAUCAUCAUUGUAGUCAUCAUCGUGUUCAAACGACGAAGAAAUGAUAAUCCAUCUAAAAUAGAAAACAUCGAGGAACGAUUUCAGGCAUCAGCUGAUUUCCAAGACACUUCAUUAGAAGAAAAUGAUUACUGUGGUGGGCAUGCAAGGAGCACAAGACCUAAACCAGCUGUAGCAGUCAAGAAGCCUCUUUUACAGGAAACUAAAUGCUUAGACCUUGAUUCCACCGAGGGAUCUCCUGGCAGAUCUAGCAACAAACCUCUUGGCAAACGUCAACCGAUACCCGUGGCUCAGUUUCCUGCAUUUAUCGAAAACAACAGACACAGUGCGCUCUUCUCCGGGGAAUUUCAUGACUUACCUGGCCCAGACAUCUAUCCUCAGACCGUGGCUCAAAAGGAGAUCAACCUCAAGAAAAACAGAUACAAGAAUAUCUUACCAUAUGAUUCGGCGAGGGUGAAGUUAGAAGUAAUCGACGAUAUCCCUCAUUCCGAUUACUUUAACGCUUCUUACAUUCCCAGUUUUGACAAUGACAAGGCUUACAUUGCAUCACAAGGACCCAACAUUGCGUCUAUGGAUGAUUUCUGGAGGAUGGUCUGGCAGGAAAAUGUGACGACUGUUGCCAUGGUAACGAAGCUCAAGGAAGGAGAUAAGAUCAAAUGCCGCCAAUAUUGGCCUAAUCGACAAGGCGAUUCGGUGAAGAAUGGAAAUAUCAAAGUGGAACUGGUUUCCCUGGAUGCAUGCACAGGUGGAAUUAAACGGACAAUGAAGAUGAUAAAGGGUGACGACUAUAGGACCGUCACUCAGUUCCACUUCACAGAGUGGCCUGACAAGGGUGUUCCUAAGCACACCUCAUCACUGCUCAAGUUCAUCAAGGAAGUCAAAGCUGAUCAUGGACAGUUCACUCAUCCUCUAAUCAUUCAUUGCAGUGCUGGUGUUGGACGAACAGGCGUGGUGAUCAGUAUCGAUAGCGUCGUAGCUCACGCCAAAACAACUAGAAUGGUAGAUGUCUUCAACUUCGUGACGAACAUCAGACAGAAGCGACCAUUCAUGGUCCAAACACAGGAGCAGUAUGCCUUCAUCUACGGGGCUGUCCUUGAGGAUCUUCUCUGGAGGAAUACCCUGAUCCCUGUCGUUCAUUUCACUGAUCAUCUACAAGACUUACACACUUCAGGCGAUGGACAUGGACGGUCCAAGAUGACCAAGGAGUUCCAGACUUUGAAGAGCCUCUGUCCUGAUCCUCCCGCUUCUCAAACAAGAUCAGGACGCACUCCAGAUAAUCAACCAAAGAAUAGAUACGGAAACAACCUACCAUUGGAGAGGAAUCGUGUGAUACUAGACUCCUCAGAUCAUGAUUACAUCAAUGCUAGUUACAUGAAGGGAGUCCACUGUACAUUCAUGACAACCCAGAUGCCGCUGCCAACCACUGUGUCUGAUUUCUGGUCUAUGGUCUUCGACUUCAAACCAUCCACUAUCGUUAUGCUUAAUGAUAAGGGCCAAAGCGACAAGAGCUGUGCACAAUACUGGCCUAACGAUGACUCGGCUAAGUUCGGAUCAUAUUCAGUUUCAAUCUUAUCAACAUCAUCUGAUGGAGACGUGACCACUCGGCAACUGAAAGUUACCAGAAACUCUAAAGCCAGUCACACCGUCACUCAGUACCAGUUCCAUGGAUGGCCUAAACAUGGAUCAGAUCAACAACCAGGGGCUAGGUCGUUGAUGAAGCUCAUCCGUGCUGUCAAAAGUUCCACUAACAAAAAGAAGGAAUUCUCCAUUCUUGUCCAUUGUUUGAGUGGUUCUGGGCGAACAGGUGUGUUUUGCACUGCUAUGGAGUGUAUCGCUCAGAUAGCUGAGGGAGAUUCCGUCGAUAUUUUCCAGACAGUCAAGAUACUGCGAGCUGAUAGGAUGCAGUUCGUUCAAACCGAGGAGGAAUAUGCUUUCACCUACGAAGUCAUCCGUGAAUACCUGCACACUGAAAACUAUGAGCAGCUUCCAUACCCGAUAGAGGAUCACACGUAUGGCAAUGUCGAGAUCGACUAUACACUUGACCCGGGGGAGAACCCGUAUGAGGUCACUGAUCCGCAGGAAGCAGGUGCCACCGCACUCGUGUAUGGCAAUGUAGAGACUGAGAGGAGCCAGGAUAGACCGAAGUCAAAGCCUCAACAACCGUACUCUGUAUACGAGAACUUUGCAUUUGAUUCUUAAAUUCAUAUAGCUUUGCGUUUGUUGAAUGGUGGUCUGUAUACGAGAACUUUGCAUUUGAAUCUUAAAUUCAUAUAGCUUUGUUGGUUUAAUGGUGUUCUGUACCCGAGAACUUUGUAUUUGAAUCUCAUAUUCAUAUAGCUUUGUUGGUUGAAUGGUGUUCUGUACCCGAGAACUUUGCAUUUGAAUCUUAAAUUCAUAUAGCAUUGCGUUGUUUGAAUGAUGCUCUGUAUACGAGAACUUUGCAUUUGAAUCUUAAAUUCAUAUAGCAUUGCGUUGGUUGAACGAUGGUCCUGAAAUCUCUAGAUGAAACUGUAUUUGUAGAUAUUUUUGGUUGUGAAAUAUUUUUCUUUUAACCUUAGAACAUAAAGUGAAACUGAAGAAACAUUCUUGUGGAGGGAGUUGUGGUAUAGGUGGUCCAUUUACUUGAUUCUCAAUCCAAGGUUGAGGGUUCGAAUCCCAGCCCGGCACCAACAUCAUAUGGCAAGCCAUUAAUACACAUCUGUACAGGUGCAUUAUUUUUGGUGAUCGAGUGAAUGUUCUAAAACUUUUAAUAUGAAGUACAUAUGAUGUAUUAAAAUGUCUUAACCCUAAUAAGGUCGGGGGGGGGGGGGGCAAAAUGCCCCCCGUCGAUUUUUUGCCGCUGCAUCAAAACCCCUGAACCUUUGGGGCUGAAAUUUCAUGACUGUUUCCCUCAUGUCUCCCGCACAUUUUGAUACCAAAUUUGCCAUGGGUGGACAUAUUGUUCAUGUGUUAGGUGAAAAAAUAUCAUCACAUGUCUAUCAAAAUUCGAAUUUCUCAAAAAAAAUUAUUGUGUUGUUGCUGAGGUUAUUUUUUAAAUUACUUGUGACAUUUAUUUUCCAUUUUGAUGACGGGAUCAUGAUGAAAUUUGUGGUCAAAGACGACGAGUCCAAAUCAAACUUCGGUUUUUACAUGCACUUGUGAUGACGAUCGAACUUAAAUGAUCGCCAUUAAAUUUUAAACGUCCCACAGAAGUCAGCCGUCACUAUAAACGCGUCUUAGAUUGGUCUUCAAUUAGAUUGGUCUUCAAUCUAUGAAGCUUGAUGUCUCAUGGUAAUUUAAGCAAUCUAAGCAACAAUUUUUGAAUUUUAGCGACAAUC